AUGGCUACAAACAGCACUGCUCCCGCGGUUUUUGAGAAGAGAUUGUUGGAGAUGUCAUCCGACAUUUCCAAUGGCAAUUCCACCACUUCGAUAUCAUUGGAAUUAUUGUUGGAUACUUUUUUAGCUUUAUAUACGGACUGCAAAGGGGCUGCUAAUCAGACUGAACAUAUAGUCAAGUUUGUUCAGAAAUAUGAUAAAGUGGCAACUCGACUACAGAAGCAGCGUGUAAAUACUCAGGAUUUCGAUGUGGUCAAAGUGUUGGCUACCGGGGCUAUUGGAAAGGUUUGCUUGGUGAAGGGCAAAUUAGAUGGAAAAGUCUAUGCCAUGAAGGUGUUGAAGAAGAUGGACUUGUUGACACGCCGUGAAGCUGCCUUCUUCAUGGAAGAGAGAAACGUCCUUGUAUUCGCUCAACGAUCUCACUGGUUGACGACCCUCUACGCUGCCUUCCAAGACGAAGAGAAUCUAUAUCUAGUGAUGGAUUAUGUCUCUGGUGGGAGUUUACGAGCCCUCAUAAUGAGCAGAGACGACCCGAUGCCUGAAGAAGAAGCUAAAUUCUAUGUCGCCGAAAUGCUGUUGUCGUUGGAAGAAUUGCAUUCGUAUAACUACGUUCAUCGGGACGUUAAACCUGAAAACAUGUUGAUUGAUGAGACUGGACAUGUUAAAUUGGCAGAUUUCGGGUCCUGCAUGAGGUUGGAUGAGGCUGACAAGAUCACCUCUCAUGAAACUGUUGGGACUCCAGACUACAUUUCGCCUGAAAUAUUACGCGCUUUAGAAGGCGGUGUCAGUUAUGGCAAGGAGUGCGAUUGGUGGUCAUUGGGUAUCAUCCUAUUCGAAUUACUAUUUGAUGAAACACCAUUCUAUGCUGAAUCGUUGACUGAGACCUACGGCAAGAUCAUGGCUCAUGCGACAACAUUCGCUUUUCCUGAGGAUUGUGAAAUAUCGGCUGAUGCUAAGGAUAUCAUAUCAAAGUUGAUAUGUAGCAAAGAAGAGAGAUUGGGCAAAAAUGGACCUGCAGAAAUCAAAGCUCAUCCUUGGUUUAAGGGCAUUGAUUUUGAGAAAAUACGAGCACACAAACCACCAUUCGUACCCGAACUCGACGGCCCAGAAGACACCAAAUAUUUCGAAAACGAAGAAGAUGAAAGCAAGAAAUUCGCAGUGAAAAAGUUGGCCAAGGAUCGAGAAUUUACUGGCCAGAAUUUAAACUUCAUUGGAUACACCUACCUUCAGAACGCUCGCCCCAUAAUUUCAUUCGGUGGAGAUCUAGUCAUGACUGUUGGAAACGGUGUUGCUUCUGGCGGAUCAGCCGAUAAUGUUCGACUACAAUCUCUAGAGACAGAGAUUGAAACAUUGAAGAAUCGACUACAAGCUGAAGUAAAGACUGCCGCUGCUGCUCAGACAGCUGUUAGAGCAGCUGAAGAGGAAGUCAAGAGUGCCAAGAACAAGUUGUCGAAGGAGGUGACAUUACGGCAAGAACUACAAGAACGUAACUCCAUACUAGAAACCGAAAAGAUGAAAACCCAAUCCGAGUUGAACGAUUUACGGCUCCUGAAAAAUGAUGCCAGCCAUGAGAAGGCUGAGCUGGAAGCUAAACUAGCUCAAGUGAAACGAUCUUUGGAUGCCGAUUUGAAGGCUAGAGCCGAGAUUCAAGAAUUAGAAGAUGCCAAAUCGAAACUUGAGUCCGAGUUGAAUGGAUUCAAGAGUGAUUUAGAACGAGAACUGGCCAAUUCUAAAACUCGAGAAGCUAUAUUGUCUGAGUUGACUCGCACCAAGGCAGGAUUAGAUGUAGAAUUGCAGCAAGCUACUCGUAAAUUGCAGGACGAGCUUGAUGCCAAGGUCCCAGUGGAGGCUCGUCUAUCUCAGCUAUCCCAAGAGUUAUCGAAUGAGCAGUCAAGAGCUUCUACACUGGGUCAAGAACGUGUACAGUUAUCUGAACGUGUACAAGCCCUUACCGCCGAGAAUUCAAUGUUGCAAGAGUCACUGACCAAAGAACAAGCAGCCGUUGAAGAAGCCACUCAACGUAGUCUACAAUUAGAGCAAACCAAAGCUGGAGUAGAAGUCGAAUUAGAUGCUCUACAAAAGAAAUGUGAAGCUCUGGAAUCUGAACGUGAUCAACUAAUUGCGUCGUCAAGUAAAGCUCAAGCUGGAUCCGACGAACAAGCAUCAGCCAAACUCGAUAUCGUGACUCGACAAUUGGAUGCUGCUGUUGCUGCUCGUAACAAGGCAACCGAUGAAUUGGCCAUUGUCAACAAACGCAAAGCAGUGCUGGAAGUUGAAGUAGCUGAAUUACGCAAGAAAUUACGAACUCAGGAAGAGUCUACGAUCGAAAGCAAAUCCAAGGCUGUUUCAUUACAAACCCAACUUUCCGAAAUGGCUACCAAAUUAGCUGUAUUGGAUGAUACCAACCAACACCUCUCCAAACAAGUGUCAUCUACAAGUGAAGAGAGCAAAGGAAUGACGAUACGGCACUCAUCUGAGUUGACAUCACUCAAGAAUAGUGUUGCUGCAGCUGCUUCUCGUAUGGACGAAGUCGAAAAGACCAAGAGGUUGUUAGAAGCCGAUCUAGAACAAGCAACCAAGAGAGAAUCGGAAACCAAGGAAACUCUCAAGAAAUUAGAAGCUCGGUUUGCAGAAGUGGAAGCAGCAGUUGGCAAAGAACGAAAAGCCAAGUUUGGUUAUGAAGCACUCUUCCAAGGAAGUGAAGCUGCACGAGAUGAAUUGCAACGUGAAGUUGAGAGACUUCAAGCUCGACACGCUGGCACCAAAGAAGAACACGGCAAAUCAGUACGAGAAUACCAGGAAUCCAUGACUAGACUACGAUUAGAAUACUCAGCAUUAGAAGAACGCCAUGAUUCUGAAACCAAACUAAGAACCAAACUUGAAGAGGAUGUAGCUCGACUGGCUAAAUCCAUAACAACAUUGGAAGAAAGUGUCAAAACCGAACGCCAAGGUCGUAUAGAUACCGAAGAGCAAGUAUCCCAACUCUCAGAAAUGCUGCAAUACGAACGUGACAGUAAUGCUCAACAGCGUGAACGAGAACGCAGUACACGACUUGUCGAAUUGCCAGAAACCAGCAUUGAGAAGCUGAAACAUACUGAUGGCAAAACCACUAUAUCGACUAUUUCAGAUAAAUCUAGUCGCAAGGGAUUCAACAAGUUGUUUUUACGUGGACCAUCACCUACCAAGGACAUGCAACGUAUAUUUGAGACUGAGGAGGACAAUGGUGGCACUAUAUCACAGGGAAGUCCAUUGGGCAGUCAAACUGUUAGUGAAAUGGGAAGUCAUCGCCGCAUGAGCACUGCGUCUAGUCAAGGCAGUCUCAAGUCUAUUCAUGUGUCCGAUGAGAUCAAAGGCUUCAUCAAGGUCCCUAAAGGUGGCAAGGUCAAGAAGGGUUGGGUAGUCAAGUUUGCUGUCGUGAAAGACCACAAGUUGAUUAUCUAUGAUCGUGAAAGGGAUGUUGGAAUGAGUGAUGGUGUUGACUUUUACGAUAUUGCUGGUGAAAUCUUUGUGGUCAAACCAGUCAAACAAACAGAACUCAUCCAUGCAUCUGGUGCUUUAAUCGACUUUAUCUUCCAAAUUCAAAUCAGUAACAAGUCUGGCGUUCCUGCUAGUUCAUCACUUGCUUACGGCAUGGCUAAUUCUGCAUCCACCGCAACCAUGCCAUCCCCAGCAACCUCAUCAAACACUGCCACCUCUGUCGACCUACACAAAAAGAUAUCCAAACUGACUCAAGAAAUCACAGUAAAAGAAAAACUGAUUACCUCUGCUGAAAAAAUGUUGGCUGUUACAAGUGGAGCAAGUCAUAAACAAGUAGAAGGUGAAUUAAUCACCAUACAAGACCAAUUACAAAUCCUGAGAGCCGAAUUAAAGGAAUUAACACAACAACAAUUGCUUGUUGGGGCUGACAAUUUGGAUGAAGCCACCAUUCAAGAGGAUGAGUUCCUACAAGACCUCGCAUUAUGUAAACGAGAAUACGAAAAGGAGAUACAAUUAGAAGAGGGAAGGAAACUAAUCUACACCAAAAUGAUGCAACCGUUGCUUGCAGCCGCCAAACCGAAAAAGCAAGGAUUCUUUGGCACUGGAAGCAGUGCUACAGACAAGCAGUCAGGAACACAAAUUGCUGAAGCUCAAGCCCAAAUUGAGAGUGUGGAGAAGAGGUUGGAGAAACUGAAUGAGGACUUAAGGAUUCUCAACAAUGCAGCAACAAGGGACGCUCAAAUGAGAAUAGUGAAACUUUUCUUGAAAAAGAAUCGUGUUGAGGAGGUUAAAAACCACAAGUUCAAGUUACGGCAGUAUAAUAUGCCUAUAUCUUGUAUGCAGUGUGGAGAUCGACCACAGUUCGGGUCGACGACUGGUCAUGAGUGUACAGCAUGCAAAAUGGUUGUGCAUACGCACUGUGUACAUAGUGUGCAGCAAACUUGUCAGGAUAUAGCAAACACCAAGAACUUGACGCCAUAUUACUUUAUGGCUCAAUCACAACGCGAAAGAGAUCAAUGGAUUCACGAUCUCGAAGCUACAAGACGCGACGUGGACAAGAUGAAAUCUCCAUCCAGUUUCGUCGGAAACUUGCCACACGUAACCACCACGACAACAUUUUCAAGUAAUCUCGCUCACAUUCAGUCAUCAACGAGCUCGUUAACAUCAUCUGCAACAACAUCACCGUUAUCACCUAUGCCCGAGCCUUCAUCAUCGUUGGGUUUACCGCCGCAAUCACCGACAAAACGGUAG